UGCCGCUGCCUGCGACGCUCGCCUCGCCAUGGCAGAUGACAACCCGCUGGGUGGCUACUACCCGGCAGCGUCGUCGAGUGGCCCGGAUGGCUCUGUCGCCCAACGUCGCCAAAGAUACACUGAAGUCCAAACGGAACGACCGAGAGCGAUUCGGGCCCUUUAGUGGCAUGAACCAGACCGAAGCACGGAUUCGUGGUGAGCCCAGGGGGCGUUCGCAGGCGGCGCUGCGGCGGUCAGGGGAGCCGGUGAAGGAGCAGAAGAAGGAGAGCCCGUUGUAUAAAGCGCUCAAGAUGCAGACUACGCUGGCCCCGGUUACCUACGGCCGUCGGACGGCGAUCAAGGAGAAAAUCGCGGACAUUACGAGCUUCGAUCAGAUGCCCCUGCUGCCCGUGGUGCGGGAGUCGGUAUUUUCGCAGGCUCUGCCGGGCCUCUUCGACGUUACCCCAACGCCCAUCCAGCGUCUUGCCAUUCCAGCGCUACUCAAAGAACAAGGAUCUACACAGAAGCCCAAGCAAAAGAGGACGAAGAAGAACGAUGAAGAGAAGUUGGAGUCAGACUAUGAACAGUUCCUCCUGGCAGCAGAGACAGGUUCGGGGAAGACAUUGGCCUAUCUACUGCCAGUCAUCGACUCGAUCAAGCGGGUCGAGGCGGUCGAACAGAAGGAAGAGAAGCUCUUGGAGAUACAAAAGGCGAAGGAGAGGGAAGAAAAGUUGAAGGACCAGGUGUUCGAUAUCGAGCCUGAGGAGCCCGCUUUUUCAAACGCUGGUCGGCCAAGAGCUAUCAUCUUGGUUCCGACGGCAGAGUUGGUGACCCAGGUCAGCUCCAAGGUCAAGGCCUUGUCUCACACGGUCAAGUUCCGGUCAGGGAUGAUCUCGUCCGCCCUGACGCCUCGUCGCAUCAAAAGCACCGUUUUCAACCCGGCCGGCAUCGACGUCCUGGUGUCGACACCCCAUCUGCUCUCAUCGAUUGCCAAGACCAGCCCGUAUAUUCUCAGUCGCGUCUCGCAUCUGGUUCUCGACGAAGCGGACUCGUUGCUGGAUCGGUCCUUUGCCCCUACCACGACAGAGAUCAUCGACAAGGUGGCUCCAUCGCUCCAGAAGCUCAUCCUGUGUUCUGCUACGAUUCCCCGUAGCUUAGAUACGGUUCUACGGAAGCGCUACCCGGACAUUCGGCGCCUGACGACUCCCAACCUGCACGCAAUCCCCCGUCGGGUCCAGCUCGGAGUCGUGGACGUCGAAAAACACCCGUACCGCGGCAACCGCGAUCUCGCCUGCGCCGACGUGAUCUGGUCGAUCGGCAAAGCUGGUGAUAGCGAGUCAUAUGGACCUUUCGCUACGUACAUGGCGCCGAAAACCAAGAAGAUCAUUGUGUUUGUGAACGAGCGCGAGGAGGCGGAUGAAGUGGCCAAGUUCCUGCAGUCCAAGGGCAUCGACGCCGUGUCUCUGUCCCGCGACUCAAGCGGCCGGAACCAAGAGGAGAUCCUAGAGGAGUAUACCGAGUCCCCUCCGCCGCCCAGCCCGGAAGAGAUCAUGUUGGCACAGAAGAAGCGCCGGCUGGAAGAGGCCAUCCCCUUUGAACUGCCGGAACAGCCACGCGACAGCACCGAGUCUCGCCGUCUGCCCAACACAAAAGUCCUGGUCACUACGGACAUCGCCUCGCGCGGCAUCGACACCGUUGCCGUCAAGACGGUCAUCCUCUACCACGUCCCGCACACCACCAUCGAUUUCAUCCACCGACUCGGCCGGCUGGGCCGCAUGGGCAAGCGAGGCCGCGGCGUCGUCCUCGUCGGCAAGAAAGACCGCAAAGAUGUCGUCCGGGAGGUCCGGGAGGCCAUGUUCCGCGGCCAGGCUUUGAUUUAGUCUUCCCUUCCUACAUGCAUAGAACGGCGUUGGAUGGAGGACAAAGGUUCAAUGUAUACUACUACAUCAUUGGCAUUGUAUAUUGCAAUUCACCUCUACGCCUACUGUACUAUAUUUUAAUCUGGCUUAUCCAAAUAUGUUCUCUUUCGGCUGUUGCUAUUCUAUUCCAAUUUGGUGCAGCGCACUCUCCACUUCCAAUAACAACAACACAGUGAAAACAGGGAAUAAUAUAGUUUCUGUACGGA